AUGGGCUGCAUUGGAUACAGAAUGGUAGAUGGAGUUAAAAAAUACUGUUUGUACGACGGAGAAGUGCAGACAGACGUGCAGACGGCACACCCCGCCAGAUUCUCGCCAGAAGAUGCUUUUUCAAAGUACAGAAUAGAAAUCAAAACAGAGUACGAUUUGCUGCCAAAAUCCGCUCAAAAUUAA